AUGGUUUCCCGCGCGUGUUCCACCGCGCCGCCGGGCCUGGCUCUCCUCCGUCGCUUCCGGCCAAAGGAUUUUUCCUUCGCGACGCACCAGAUUUUCGUCCUCAUUCUCACCUUCAUCGCAUACGCGUUAUACCACGCCUCGCGAAAGCCUCCCAGCAUUGUCAAGGGCGUGCUCGACCCUCUCGAUACAGGCAACUCCGUUACAAACAACCCCUGGACGUUCUACCUCCAGCGGCUGGAAACCCACCCAGAAAACGCCCUCCUGCGGGCAGAAAAAAAAGCCGGAUGGGCUCCUUUCAACGGUAAAAAUGGGAAAUCUCUUCUCGGGGAACUCGAUAUCGCGUUUCUGGGAUGCUACGCGAUCGGCAUGUACAUCGCCGGCCACGUCGGCGACCGAAUCGACCUCCGCGUCUUUCUCUCCGUGGGGAUGUUCGGCAGCGGCUUAUUCGUAUCCCUCUUCGGCAUGGGGUAUUUCUGGGAUAUACACUCGUUAAACUACUUCGCCGUUGUGCAAAUGGCCGCGGGGUUCCUCCAGGCGACGGGGUGGCCGAGCGUCGUCGCGAUUAUGGCGAGUUGGUACGGGAAAAAAGGCCGCGGACUGAUUCUCGGCGUGUGGAACGCACACACCUCCGUCGGCAACAUUCUCGGAUCGCUUAUCGCUUCUUCCGCGCUUGCAAGCGGCUGGGGCUGGGCCUUUCUCGUCCCCGGGUUUAGCAUCAUGGCGGGAGCGCUGGUGAUGUUUCUGUUUCUCGCGCCGGAGCCGGAAACCAUAGGGCUGGAGUCGCCGCAUUCGCUGCUGCUGUCGGAAUCGUCGAGUGAGGCUGGUGGAAGCGUGCACGGUGAGGGGGACGAGGAGUCAGGCUUCGGGGCUGUUGAAUGCGCUGACGUGGCUGCUGACGUGGCGGCUGGUUUCGAUGGUACCCUGUUAGCUCCUAAAGAAGCUGCUUAUGCUUCAGUAUCGGAUCAGCUUACAGUGCCGCUCUUACAGGGGAAGGAUGAUGCGGGUCCGGAAGGGGAAGGCCCGAUUGUGAUAACAGAGGAUGUGCUUAAAGCGGGGAUGGAGGGGAGCGGCGAGGAGCACGAGGCGAUCAGUUUCUGGGACGCGUGUCGCAUCCCUGGCGUUGCGGCGUACGCGUUAUGCUUGUUCUUCGCUAAGCUUGUGGCGUACACGUUCCUGUACUGGCUCCCGUUCUACAUCAAGCGCACAGAGAUAGCAGGGCACCAUCUAUCCGACGCUUUUGCUGGAGUGACUUCAACAGUCUUUGACUUAGGGGGGGUGCUGGGGGGGAUAGUGGCAGGCCAUCUCUCCGACCAUACAGGCGCGCACGCCACUGUUUCUGCCUCAUUCAUGCUCCUAGCCAUUCCGUCCCUCCUCCUUUACUCUCUCCUGGGCGGAAUUUCGCUCUCUGUGCAUAUAGGGCUCCUUUCACUGGUCGGGUUCUUUGUGAACGGGCCCUACGCGCUUAUCACUUGUGCUGUUUCUGCUGAUCUGGGGCAGCACGCGUCGCUCCGAGGGAAUUCCAAGGGGUUGGCUACGGUUACUGCGAUUAUUGAUGGCACAGGGUCGCUCGGGGCUGCUCUGGGUCCUUUUCUAACGGGGAUAGUGGCAGAGAUUGGGGGCGGGGAGAAAGGAGCUGGAGAUUUAGGUUGGAGGCUGGUGUUUGCAAUGCUGAUUUCGGCUGCACUGGCUGCAGUAUUGUGUAUACUCCGGUUGGUGAUAGGCGAGUUCAAAGCAGCAGCAGAGACCUCAGCUGCUGAUUCGGACUUCCAGGCUAGAGUAGGGACACCACGCUUGUCUUCAUAUACUCCUGAUUUGUAA